AUGGAUCAUGUCGGUGAUGGGGAUGGUAGUAUUGGUGGUAGCGGUAGUAGUGGUAGUGGUGAUAACCGAAGUGCAGGCCGUGGAAGAGGACGCGGUUUUUGGGCACCUCAUCCUCCGCCCCAGUCCCUCCGUCGACCACACAGUAUUGUCGCUCAACAAACAACGUCUGUACAACAAAUUAACGAGAUGUUUAACAACGUGUCGAUGAAUGACGUCGUCAAAAACUCGGACUUAUCUGCUGAUGCCGCUGAAUUCGUACCCCGAAGUUUAAUGACUUCACAGGGAAAUCAGCAAAAUCAAUCAUGGCAUCGACCAUCGGUUCAAGAUCGUUUAACUGCAGCAAGAAAUACACAUGGACAUCAUGAAUCGCAGAAUCAUCAAUAUGGUAAUCAACAACAGUAUCCGUAUCAGCCACAGCACAUGCAAUACCAACAAUACGCUGAUUCUCACCAAGGAUAUUCUCAAUAUGAUGGUGGUUUUAAUAACUAUGACAGAAACCAUGACAACCAUAAUAUGGGAAAUAACCGUUCUGAAAAUAGCUUACCAAAUGUUUUGAGUCAGCUCAACACUGCAAUGCAAACCUUAACCAGAAGUCCAGAUCAAUUUGAGAAUCUAGUCGUGCCACUUGUUUCUAGCUUGACUCCUCAUCUUAAAACUCAAGUUAACACUCAAGCAAUUGUGUCAGCUAUUAUUUUAAAAUGUAUUAGUGAUGCCAAUUUCCGAUACAGUGGAGCUAGACUUUGCUCACAUCUUGAUGCUGUAGAUACUCCAGCAGAUGAUACACCAUCUAUCUUCCGUACAGCACUUUUUGAACGCUGUCGCGAAGAAGCUGAUACUUUGUCUGGAUCAUGGCCUACAAUUACUUCACACACGCCAGAAGACGAGAAAAAAUGCCAUGGGCUUAUGCUUUGUUUAGCAGAACUAGUUGCUCAAAUGGAUUCUCAUCCUGCGUCACUUUUAGGCAAGCUUCUAAUUGAAGUUAUUUCAACUGCUCUGAAAAAUCCUGGCCCCAACACUGCAAAGUUUAUCUGUCAAUCACUCAAGUUAGCUGGUCAAUACUUAGAAAGAGACAGUACUGCAAAUCGACAAGAGAUUGAACGUGUCAUGAAAGAGCUCUCAGAACUGGUGAUUGAAGGCCGAGUAGAUCAACACAUAGGUCGUAUGGUAAACAGCGUUAAAGAAUUGCGAAGUGGUAAUUGGGGUCGUUCUGUAUCUUCUCAUGGUCCUGUGCCCGCUGAUAUUAAUCAACCUCCACAACAACAAGUUCAAGAACAGUUGCAAUAUCAGCAGCUUAAUGAACCUGUACUCUAUGGACCUGACGGAAAUAUUCUGUCAGCAGAGGAACGUCGAUUUUGUCAAGAUCUUUCAAAUAUGGAUGAUGGAAUUGAUGAAUCUUGGCAACGAGGAGUGAAUCAACGCGUAGUUGAUAAUCACGCAGAAGAUGAAGAUGAAGAUGAUAUUAUUGCUGCUGCUUAUGAAGAAUUCCUCAAAUUAACACCUAAUAAUAUUUCAAGUGGAGUAAAAAAAGGAUAAUGAAGGGACAUAUAAAAAAAAUGAAACUCUUCCAGGCUGAGGUUGAUUUUUUCACUAAUAUUAUAAAUUCCCAAAACGACCUGGUUAUGCUAAUUAUUUAUUUCUUUUCAUCAGACAUAAAUAAUCUUUUUAUAGAAUAUAAAUAUGUAUGUAAAUGUUCUAUCUAUGUAUAUUUAUAG